CUUAAAUUCUGUUCUAGGUACUGCUGUUCUGAUUGGAAAUUUCUUGCCACGGUAUAUGGACUGAAUGCAGCAACAGCUAAAUAUUUUUGCAUAUGGUGCUACUGUACCAAGGCACAAAUUGCCGACUUCACAGGUAAGUGGACUAAAAUGAUAUGUCACUUGAAGUUUAUGAUAUUUAGAUUAGGGGGCUGUACUGAAUACAUCAAGUGGCUAGGAGAGGUGCUACUCUGCCAUCAAUGGGAUAUUAGUCCAUCGCAGAUGACUAAACGUCAGGCCACCAAGCCUCCCUUGCCUUCAGUGAAUAUUGAAAAUAUAAACAUGGCUGUUGUUGAUGUGAUGUUCACCUUAUUUAUAGUACAACACUGGCCCAUUCAAAGGAACCUUGCUGAGUGCAAAACCCUGUACAAGAAAAAAACAGCAGAUGAGCAAAAGGGAUGUGUUCAACCACCAUUGCUUUCAAUCCCAUUCAACCAUAUUGUCAUAGAUACUCUUCACCUCUUCCUAAGGAUAAUUGGGCUACUCUCCAACCAGGUAUUGACUUUUCAUUCUUGGAUGCAUACAGUUUGGGCUCAAAGCUACCAGUCUCUGUUAAUUUCAUCACAGUUUAUUGAACUGGUUCUAAGCAGCAAAAGGAAAGAGGUACUGGAAGUUGAGCUUGAAAAGAUUGGGGUCCCUUUCAAGUUUUAUGAAGUGCAAAAUGAAGAUGGGCCACCUACAACCAAGUGGACAAGACUGGAUGGUAAUUGAAAAGUAGUAUUGCAUAUAUUUAUAUAAGCCAAAUGGUUGAAGUCUUUGCAAAUCAUUUAAUGACAAGAUGCAUUAAACAGCACAACAUUUCAUGCUAUGAAAAUUGUUCUAGUUAUAAAUGCAAAUUAGCUUGAUUUAUAAUUAUUAGCAAAUAUGAGAAUGAAAUUACCUUCAGAAGCGAACAAACAAUAAUAUUAUUUGUUAAGCAAUGAUAUGCUGCAAAAGCUAACACAGCCCUAAAAUUUAUUUUGUUAUAGGGAACGAUCUUCACAACAUUCUAGAACACCUAGACCUGAAGCCAAUCUUUGAUGGAUAGCAGAGAGUGCUGAAUUGCAAGAAUGUCAAGAAACUGUGGAAGGGAUUUGGUGAUCUGUAUGCAGCACUAGAAGCUGAACCUAGUGAUGAGGCAUACAAACCUCCAGGGGUGUUUCAAGAACAGGCCAGAAACUGGGCGAAAAUUUUCAGAGUUGUUCACUUUGAUGAGGAUGUAACUCCAUACAUACAUGGUAAGUUCAUUACUUUUGUUGAAUGCAAUUACUUACAAGAGGAGAAAAGAAUACAUGCAGCAGCGCUAAGAUGAGUCUAUCAAAUUUAUGAGUUUGAGUUAGAAAUUUUGAGUUUGAGUUGGAAUUUCAAGUUCGAGUUAGAGUUAGAAUUUCAUUUUCAAGUUAGAAUUUUGAGUUUGAGUUAAAAUGUCAAGUUAAAAAGAAUAGAAGCAAACCUGAGUGGACUUAACCGCAAGCAAGCUCAAACACGAUAUUUUAACUCAAACUUGAAAUUUUAACUCUGACUCAUAACUCAUAAGUUCUUUGAAGAACACAAUUUUAAACCGUGUUUAACCAAACAGA